GCUGCGUUGCCCUUGCUGAGCGGCAGGAGGCGAGGGGUUCGCCUGACUCUGUUCGCAUCCCCUGGCUCCAGCAGCCUCCGCUCUCCGCAGCCGUCGCCGCCAAUGGGGCAGGACCCAGCCGGGAGGCAGCGCUGAGCAGGCGCCUGGGCGUGUGCUGCAGCCCGCGAUAGGUUCUGUGGCCGGGGCCAUGCGUGCCGGACAGACAAAAGCCCGGGGGCGCGAGGCUUGAGGCGAGGUGCCCACAGCAGGAGAGGGAGGCGCGCGCGCACAGAUCCAUCUCGAAGGGGGUUUGCCUGCUGCUGCAGCCGCCGCCGCGCCAGGCUCGCCGAGAUCACCGGGCGCUAGGCGAUGCCAGCUCGCCUCCUCUGCCAAUGUUUCACUGGGGCAAGUGGAAGAAGAGGAUGGGAGCGACCACUUCUUCCUCCAAGAGACCCGUGUUCGAUGAGAAGGAGGAUGUGAAUUUUGACCACUUCCAGAUACUCCGAGCAAUUGGGAAGGGAAGCUUUGGCAAGGUGUGUAUUGUACAAAAGAGAGAUACGGAGAAGAUGUAUGCCAUGAAGUACAUGAACAAACAACAAUGCAUCGAAAGAGACGAAGUUCGAAAUGUGUUUAGAGAAUUAGAGAUCCUGCAGGAAAUUGAGCAUGUAUUCUUGGUGAAUCUCUGGUACUCUUUUCAGGAUGAAGAAGACAUGUUUAUGGUAGUGGAUUUACUCCUAGGUGGUGAUCUACGGUAUCAUCUACAGCAAAAUGUUCAAUUUACAGAAGAAACAGUGAAGCUUUAUAUUUGUGAGAUGGCACUAGCUCUAGACUAUUUACGAAGUCAGCAUAUUAUUCACAGAGACGUAAAACCAGACAACAUUCUCCUAGAUGAGCAAGGUCAUGCACACCUAACAGAUUUUAAUAUUGCGACAAUAAUCAGAGAUGGUGAAAGAGCAACUGCAUUAGCUGGAACCAAACCAUAUAUGGCUCCAGAGAUUUUUCACUCUUUUCUGAAUGGAGGAACAGGCUACUCUUUUGAAGUUGAUUGGUGGUCAUUAGGAGUGAUGGCUUACGAACUUCUUCGUGGAUGGAGACCCUAUGACAUCCACUCCAGUAACCCAGUAGAGUCUUUAAUUCAGCUGUUUAGUACUGUAAGUGUGCAGUAUUCAUCAGUAUGGUCAAAAGAAGUGGUUGCUUUAUUGAGAAAGCUAUUGACAGUGAACCCUGAGCAUCGAUUUUCCAGCCUCGCUGAUGUUCAAACUUCAGCCUACUUAUCAAAUGUCAUCUGGGGUGAUGUCUGUGAAAAGAAGGUGGAGCCAGGCUUUGUUCCUAAUAAAGGCCGUCUGCAUUGUGAUCCCACCUUUGAGCUAGAAGAGAUGAUCCUGGAGUCAAAACCUUUGCAUAAAAAGAAAAAAAGACUUGCAAAAAACAAGUCCAGGGACAACAGCAAGGACAGCUCACAGUCAGAAAAUGACUAUCUCCAGGAGUGCCUUGAAGCAAUCCAGCAAGACUUUGUCAUUUUUAACAGAGAGAAGUUGAAGAGGAGUCAAGAUCAAAUGAAUGAAUCUAUUUCUCCUCCUGAAACUACUGAUGAAGCCGAGACAGAAGCUGAAUCUGAGAAUUCCAAUAUAAAUAUGUGUAGCUCAGUAUGUUCUUCUACAGGCAGCAGCUAGGACUACAGUUUCAAGGCAAGGGGCCAAAAGCCUACAUGUCUCUUGAAUAAAUCAUUCUCAGGUUGCACUGAUGAAUAUAUGCUAUACACUGCGUACUAUAAUUGAAAAAAGUCACACAAUCAGUAUUGUAAAGCUGUAGCAGAGGUAGAUAGUUCUUAAAGAACUGAAUUCAUGGAUUUAAAAGAUUGCCAGUUCUAAACACUGGCUUACCUACUAUGAGGAAGAAUACUUGCUAUGCAACACCUCGGAGAAAAUAGUUCAGUUUCUUUCUUUGCUCUUUUUUAAUGGCAGACUCCUGACUCAGGCACAUUUGAACAUGGUAAGUGGACAGAUCAGAUCCUUGCAUCUGAGCAAGGAGCACACAGUAAAUGUGUGUGUAUGAAAAAGAUUAUGACAUUUCACCUUUGAACUUCCCUAGAACUAAGAUUGCUCUUGAGAGGGUAGGCCUCUUGUGUAAGUUAGAGCAGCCCUGAGGCUGCCCUAAUUAAUCACAGGUACUAACAGCCUCAUGGGAUUAAAUAGCUGAGGAGCAGGUAAUUUAAGAGCACCUCAGUCACACCCUCUUUCCGCUGGCUGUACUCUUUACACGUAGAAGCCUCUCUGUCAACUCAGUGCUACUGGAUGCUUCUCCUUGCACUGGGCUAAUCCUUGAGAGGCUGGAUAUACUGGCUUUACAAUGAGAAUCUGUUAGUGGAGUGGCACAAAGUUGCACUGCACCAGAGGGUCUGGUCUAAAAUAUUGUAUGGCUAUCCUUAGCUGCAAAGAACUGAACAGAUUAUAAGCAAAUGAAUCAAAAGUUACUCUAUUUUUUCAACUCCUUGACUUAGAAGGGCAUAAGUUCUAUUGAAUUUAGGUUUUACUGGAAACAUAUAGGGUGGGUAGCUACAAAAUGCAGCUCAAUAAUGGAAGAAAGGUUAUGUCAAUUUUACCCUUUUGUUUACCUUAUUCAAAGUGUAAAAUAAAGAACUGUACAUAAUCUAUUGAUACCUGUCUUAACUUUUCAUUAGGAUAGGAGAUCUCUUAACUUUGCUCCAACUAUGGAUAUUGCCUAAUUGUUUCAGAAGCCUUUUCCAGAUUAGGCUUAGUGGGUUAUUUUACUGUAUAGCGGCUUUAAGUUACUGUUAUUGAAAUCAAGCCAUCAGUUCGACUAAAUCAUUCAACUACUGUACUGGGCAUAUGUCUCAUUUACAUCCACACAAAAGCUAUCAAAAUGUGUUACCAGAUCUUAAUGAAGAUGCCAUGGUUGCAUCCUCACUGUACAUUCCUAAAGCAUAAUGGAUAGAGAAUGCUUUUACCAGGUGCAGACUCUUUUGAGGCAAUUUCUGCUACGUUGAUGUAUAGUUUUCAGUGUCCAUGAAUGAAACAAAAGGAAUAACCAGUGUAAAACAAUUUUAUAUUUGUGUAAAUCAACAAGACAUGCUUACCUUUCCACAGUUUUAUGUGGAAACUAGUAAAUGGUGAAAAUUGUGAGAACUAAAUUUCCAUAAAAAUAUUCAAGUGUGCAGGCACAACUUAUGGGGGAAAAAAGACACCAAAGCUUUUAUACCAGUUGCACAAUUAUAUUUAGGACACAGCCAGGUAAAUGGUAUGUCCUGAUAGUAAAUAAACUAUAGAAGACAGUUCUUGGUUCUUGCUAGCACAUCAACAUCCACAUCCUAUCAUUCAUAUUUUAGUCAGAGCUGUGAGAGCUUGAAUAGGCCCUAACAUGGGGAGUAUUCUUUAUAGAGAAUAAAUACCAUCAAAUUACAUUCAUGUUCCUAGAUAUUACUGUAAACUAUCCCUGAUCUAAUAAUAGGUUGAAAUAAGGGUUGGCUUAUUUUAGUAAAAUAGAUGUAAAAUAAAUACUCCCCUCCCUUUUGCUCCUUCCUUCACAGCUACAGAAGAAUAUUUACCUCCCCAGUUUCUACUUUAAAAGAGAGAUUUGUUUUCCUUGUCCUUCUGCCCUGUAGUAGCAUUCCAGCUGAUUACCAGUCUGCAAAAGAAUUCACACAACCGUCCUCCUGUGCUGUUCCCUCCAAAGGCACAUUAAAGCAUGUUUGAAUAGAAUGUAUGAUUUGGUCCUAUGCUUUCAAAAGCUAUGUUUACACAGCAGCAUUAUUUCAGAUAACAAAAUGUGUGUCUACACUGCAAGCCUUUAUUUUGAAAUAAUGUCGAGCUGGAGGACUUCUUACUCCAAUUCCUGUAACCCUCAUUUUACAAGGAGU